AUGUCUCCUACCCUUUCAUACAACAGUUUCCGCCACUCCUUCAAGUCCUUGGAUCGCAUAAUCCACCCCCGCAAGGGCAAAGAUAAGGGCAAAACCAGAGCCCAGCACAAUAUAUCAUCAGCCCUAGAACGACUUUUCGCCAACACUGAAGAGGAUGACAAUGAAGAGUUAUCUAUCAUUCAAAUCACGGAGUCUACUUCUCAACUUCAGAUCGAAGAACAAGAUCCAGCCCUCAAUACCCUCCUCCAUACACUCUCCGUUACCAGAACUACCAGCACAUCCGACAGCUCUACUCUUCUUCCACUUCUUGCUUCUGCCCUCAAGACUCUAUCGACCUACACCCAGAACCACAAAGUCAACACUCUUCCAAUCUAUACCUCCCUCUUGCGUCAUCUUGACACCUAUAUCAGCUAUCUCAUUUGGGAUCAUGAGAUUCUUCUCACCGAUGCAGAGAUUAUCUUUACUGCCUCCACGAGCCCAACUUCCGACCACCGACACAACAUCAUUCUCCAGCUGGAAGCUGUCUAUGUCUCAAACUACGAGACAUGCAAGACGCUAAUGAAUCGUCUCAAUCAACUAGUUGAUAUAGAGAUGAUUGAACGUGCGGACUGGAUAUUCCCUCGCCAGACUGGCUGGGUAGAAGUGAGGAGAGAAGUUAUAAGACUUGAAAAGACUCUGAAAGAAAUCAGAUGGGCUGGCAGGUUGAGAGACGUUGAUUACGUGGAUUACUAA